AUGGCGGCGGCGGACAUCGGCUGCAGCAAUAUUCCGGCGGUGAAGGCAGCGUGGCGCGAUGCAGCAGCGGCGGCAGCAGCAGCAGCUCACAACCAACAAGAGGAUUGUAAGAAGUACCUGGAGAAGAAACGGCAGGAGGCCGAGCAGCCCGUUCAGGUCCCAGCAGUGGACAGCAGCGAACCGAAGACACUGGAAAGGCGAGGCAUCACUAUCCGAGACGACCCCUUGGGGCUCCUGCGCCCUCAACAGCUGCAGGCGGGGAAACAGUUCAACAGGUGCCGGAGGAUGGUGGUGGUCAUUUCAGAUGAUUACCUGGACAGCGAAGAAUGUGACUUCCAGACCAAGUUCGCCCUCAGCCUCUCCCCCG